AUGUCAAUCAACCCCUUCAUCAAUGGACAAGUGCCGUACGAAUACGACCGCUCAAAGUGCGGCAAGCGUGGACAUGAUCCAAAUCAGUGCAUGGCUCAGCCUCUUCAAUCAUGGGAGCAAUCCUUCCUAUGGAACAUGAUCAGCCAACAGCGCAAGGCUCACAGCAUUCGAAUGGGCUAUGGUCAACAACAGCAAGACACGCCGCCGAGGAAUAACUCCAUGGGUGCACCAAACACACCAGCCGCUCCGCGUCCGGCGACUGAUGCUCACCUCGUAGUGGAGUCCAUGAAUGGAGACAAGUCCCCUCAAGAGCUCUUGGACUGCAUCCGUUUCGUAGAAGUUGACAGCGAUGACGAAGAGAUGGAGCAAGCUAAAGUGCUCGCAGUCGGUUUCAAGAGAGCGAGAGUGGAUGAAGAUGAUGGUGAACAAGAUGCUCGCAUGGCUGAUCAGCCGAGGAAGCCAGCCAUUAAUAUCCUCGCUAUUUUGGCCACAAUUAUGGUGACAAUCCUCAUUACCUGGCUUAUGCAGCUAUCACCAUUCUUCCGCGACGAGACGAAGCGCUUGGUCAGUCAGCCGCGAAUGAGAGAAAGCAAGACGAAGGACAAGAACGUAAGUGUGCCAACGACUGCGACUCAGACGGCGAACGCAACCGGAGGCAUUUUCAACACCGGCUCUCAGAACGUCGUGGUGCAAAUGGAGGGCAUAGAUGAUGAUGAAGUCCUCAUGACUAAGACAAUCCCUCAGCGCGUGGCAGUCGACCACAUCAGCACUGCGAUCCGCAAGAGCAUUAACCUUUGGAAAUACCGAGAUUCAGCGAACCGCGCGUUCGGAGUCCCUGCGACCAUCACUGGUACACACGGACGACAAGCAGUGGUACCACGCAAUCAAGUCGCAGCUGAUCAAGGCUCUGAGAUCAACCUGAUCUACCCUCACCUCCGCAAGGCCCUUGGCCUCAAACUCCGCGACAUUGGCGAGAUCGACCUUCCACCAAUGGACAUGUCGACAGCGAACGGCGGACUUACACCCCUUAAGCACUUCGUGAUCUUCAACCUGAACGUCGAGGCGAACGAGCAGGCAGAGAACGAUGGCCAGUCCGAGAGUGAGAGUGAAGGCUCAGAGGAAGCCGACGAAGAUGAUGAGGAUGAGGAGUCCAACGACGACAGUGGUGAUGAGAGCGAGCAGGAUUUUCACUGA